AUGAUUUUCGACAGAAAACAGGCUUCGCUUCUGGUGGCUUCGGCUUUUGCUGCUGUUGCCUCGGCCAAAACCCAUUCGUACAACUGGACUGCCAGUUGGGUUGAUGGUUACAACCCUGAUGGGCUCUUUGAGAGACCAGUCAUUGGUGUCAAUGGCGAGUGGCCUUGGCCUGACCUGAAGGUCAAGAAGGGUGACAGAGUUGAGAUUCUGCUCAACAAUGGCUUCGAAACCUCCAACACAUCGCUCCAUUUCCACGGUCUUUUCCAACGUGACAACACCCAGAUGGAUGGUCCUCCAUAUGUUACCCAAUGUCCAAUUGCCCCAGGUGAAAGCAUGCUGUACAACUUCACUGUCCCUGAUCAAGUCGGUUCGUUCUGGUACCACUCGCACUCUGAGAGUCAAUACGGUGAUGGUAUGAGGGCUGCUUUCAUUAUUGAGGACACUGAGGAUUAUCCAUACGAUUAUGAUGAAGAGGUCAUCCUCACCGUUGCCGAAUGGUACCACAAGGAUGUCAAAACCCUGACCAAGGAUUUCAUGAACCGUUACAACCCAACUGGUGCUGAACCAAUUCCUCAGAACCUUUUGUUUAACAACACCAGAAACAACUCUUGGGUUGUCCAACCUGACACCACUUACUUGGUUCACAUCAUCAACGUUGGUGCUUUCGUCUCUCAAUAUCUUUACAUGGAGGACCACACAUUCACCGUUGUUGAGAUUGAUGGUAUCUAUGUGGAGAAGAAUGAGACCGAGAUGCUUUACAUCACCGUUGCUCAAAGAUACACUGUGUUGAUCACCACCAAGAGCGACACCUCUAAGAACUAUGCCUUCAUGCAAAAGUUUGAUGACGAUAUGCUUGACACCAUCCCAGGUGACUUGCUCCUGAACUCGACCAAUUACAUCGUAUACAAUGAGACUGCAGAUCUCCCAACCGAAUACUUCGUUGACUCCAUUGAUGAUUUCCUUGAUGACUUCUACUUGGAGCCUUUGACCAAGGAGGCUGCCUAUGACGAACCUGAUUACCAGAUCGUGAUUGAUGUUGCUAUGGAUAACUUGGGCGACGGUGUCAACUAUGCUUUUUUCAACAACAUCACCUGGAUUGCACCAAAGGUCCCAACUUUGACCACUGUCAUGAGUGCCGGAGAAGAUGCUACGAACCCAUUGGUUUAUGGUAACAACGUGAACGCUUUUGUCUUGGAAAAGGACGAGGUUAUUGAGAUUGUCCUCAACAACCAGGAUACUGGUAAGCAUCCUUUCCACUUGCACGGUCAUGUUUUCCAGGUGAUCGAGCGUGCCCAGGACUAUGGUGAUGAAGCUGUUCCAGUUGCUUACAACGAGAGUGCUCCAUACGACGCUCCUGAGUACCCAAUGAGAAGAGAUGUCCUGUAUGUCAGACCUCAGUCGUACUUCAGAAUCAGAUUCAAGGCCGACAACCCAGGUGUUUGGUUCUUCCACUGUCACAUUGAAUGGCAUUUGACCCAGGGUCUGGCUAUUGUUCUCAUUGAGGACCCAGAAGGAAUUCAGGCCAACCAAACCCUCUCUGAGAGUUGGUUGAACGCCUGUAAGACCAACAACAUCCCAACUGUCGGUAACGCAGCUGCCAACUCCCAAGAUUACCUUGAUCUGUCUGGUGAGAACAAGCAGCAUAAGGCACUUCCAGCCGGUUUCACCGCUCGUGGUAUUGUUGCUUUGGUGUUCUCGUGUAUCACCGGUGUCCUUGGUUGUAUCUUCAUUGGUGUCUACGGUAUGGCUGACAUUCCAGACAUUGACCAAAGAAUCGCCAUGGACUUGGGUGCCGAAGACGCUUUGCUCGAAGAUGACGAGGAGGAGGAGGAGGAAAGCAGCGCUCCUGAGACCGGAGCUUCUGCCUCCGAGGGUGCUUCAAAGACCAAUUAG